CCAGAAGGUGUUGAACAAAAUGCAAAUAUAGCGGAUAUUUUUGUUUAUGUUUAUGUCUACCUCGCCAUUCAGCAAAAAAUGAAGUUAAUUCCAGCAGAAGCUUUGAAUUGUUUAAAAGCGCAAAUAAUGAUGGUUAGUAACAUAUUCAGUUGUAGUAACUCAAAACAACAUGGUUUUCUUGAAAGGAUUAUUCGUUUUAGCAACUUGCCUUGCUCUUGUGGAAUGUUCAACAAUAAAGAAAUCAAAUGAGAAAAUUGAAACAACUACUACCAAAGCUGUGCCUUCCAAAGCCAAUGCUGUGCCUACCGAAGUUAAAAAUACUAACACAACUACCCCAUGCACAUGUGGAGUAUUUCUUACAAGCCAGUUUACAAAAGGAUCCGAUGAACAACCCAAAGGAGAUGCAGCUAUGAUUCAAGAUAUCAACAAAGUAUUCCCAUGUAAUAUGAUUGGACAAAAACAAUGUCAAACCAAAUGUUUAGAAUCGAUCGUUGGACAUCUUCCUAACUCUGCAACUGUUUUGUGUGCAACACUUGGCCGUGAUAUACAUAAGGAAAGGGCUUUUCUCUUUAUUAAAAACUGCAAGGAUUCUUGGAUCAAUACUAACUUGGCAGCUGGUAAGGAAUAUUGCUGCAAGGAUGGAACCUCUUACCAAUGCCCUUUGGUUUAGUGAAAUGUUAACUUGUUUUAAAUUAUUGUUGAUUUAUGUUGUAACUAAAAGGAUAAAAUGAGCUAUUUAUUUGAUAUUUUGUGAUAGUAAAGGAGAAUAUUUAGUAAAAUUAAACUUACAUCACGGAAAGAAA